GAGACCGAGUCUGAAGAGAACGACAGCAAAGUUCGUUCUUUUGUAUUUGUGGCGUCGCGGCUAUCGUUGUCGUCGGCCGAUUGCUUGCCAGUUUCUAUUAUGAGCUUAGAAAUGAAAGAUGGUGAUGGAAGACAAGAGGAGGAUGAGAUGGCAAAGCAGAAAGAACUAGAUACUGAUAUAGGCAGUUUGCUCAGAGAAAAGGAAAAGUUGAUGACUAAUGUGAAACGACUUGAGGAUGCCUUGGUGAGGCUAGAGCAUUUCUCCGGAACUUUGCAGAGGAAGUUAGGAGGGUACAGUAUGGAAAGAGGAGGCAGUUGUGGUGUUCUCUUUGGCAAAGCUGGAGUGCUGACAUUGGGAACCGAGUCACAGUUGCAAGUUAUGAAGGACUUGACAAGAGAGAAUAUAUGUUUGAAACAAGCUGUUGCAGGAAUUGAUAGAAGUCGACCAGAAGCAGUGGAAAAACUGAUGGUAAUUGAUGAUUUGCAACAACGUAAUGUAGUGCUGCAACUUGAGGUUGUCCAACUUCAUGAAGAGCUGGAUAGAAUGAAACGUUUUGGUGAUGGAAUAGAAAGUAGUGAGGAUGCAUCCAUUGUUAUUCCUUACCUCAAUAGAAUUCAUGAGUUGGAGAUGAGAAUUGAAGUAAAGCAAAAUGUAUUAACUGAACUUCUAGAUGAGGUUGAGAGACACAAGUAUUCGACAGAAGAGCAGACAAGAUGGGCAAGAAAAGAAGAUAUGUAUAAUAAAACAAUUUCUAAUUUGAAGAAAAUGGUUGGUAACAUGAGGCAGCAAAUGCUGGCACAGACAAACAUGCUUCAGUCUUCUACAUUUAUGAACUCUGAACUGUCAGGAAUGCAACACAGGAAGCAAAUGACUGACAACCAAGCUAGUAUUUCUAUGCAUAUGUUCAACGUGUCUGUGCAAACUGAGAUAACCAUGGAAGAGUUAGGAAAAUUAGAGACUGAGAUUUGUAGUGUACAAGAAGGGCAAACUGACUGGGUGGUGGGCAGGAAGGGGCCAGUUAGUAGUGUUGAUGAUGGUUUGGACAAGCAAGCUAGUCUUAGUAUUGGAGAAAUUCUUUUGCUACCUGAUGUACAUCAUGACUCAGCGUCCUCCUCAGUAGCUGGAGAUGGUAGUAUGCGAGACAGUGAGCCAACAAGCUUAUCAAUAUUGUCAGCUCGAGUAGACAGUGGUAUUGAACAGUCAGAACUUGAAAGCAAUGUAGAUGGUAAGUGCAAGCAAGUUACUGAUAGUUUCGUCACAGAGGAUGCAAUAAGACAACACAAAGUGGUAGAGAAGAAACUGUUAGAAAUGUCACAGCAAAUUUCCACUUUACAAAAGAACAACCAAGUCUGUCAUGCAAGAAUAUUGGAGUUGGAGGAAGCGAACAGUGAUUUGGAAAAGAGGUGCUUACUACCACUAGGUCACAAGGCAGAGGUUGAAGUUUUGCAAAGAGACAGAGAGUUGGUAGGUGAAUUGCUAGGAGCAGUUGAUGAUGGCAGCAGAGGACAAACAAGGGAAGAAUUGGAAGAGCAAGUUAGACAGAAAGAAGCUUUAGAAUUCCGGGUGAAUGAAUUGGUCAUACAAGUUCAAGAAUGUACUAGUUUGAAACAACAUCUUAGAACAACCACAAGAGAUUUACAGUCAGAGCAACAAGCACAUGAAAUGACAAAACGGAUGGUUGCUAGCAAAGAGGUGGAACGAGAGGCGGCAAUAAAUGAAAUGCAAAAGUACAAACAGCAGAGAGACAAAGACAUAGAACGGCUAAGUGGACAGCUCCAACAACUAACAGUUGAAAACAAAGCUGCUGAUGUUCACAAUAGGGAUUUACAAUUGGAGAUAAAUCAAUUAGUUGAUAAUCAAGAACGGUUGCAGAAAGAGAACACUGAGGGAUUGAAACAAGUGCAGUACCUGUAUAGCCAAGUGAUGGCUAAAACUGAAGAAGUACAGAAAAGUCAGCGCGUUGUAGAGGAAGUAAGGAGACAAAUGCGUGAGAUGAAGCAGGAAAGACAAGUUUCAUCAUACAGUCAUGCUGAAGGAGUAGAUAAGGUAUCAUCACUAGGUAUGUAUCAACAUACUAAAAAAGGCAGUGAAGAUGAUCCACGGGCUGUUCCUCACCAUCAGCUAAAGCAGAUACCACCCACAGCUGGUGAUUAUCACAGUCCAAAACAGCCAACUGUGCAACUUCAAGGCAGUCAUCUUUAUGACCCUAUAAAUCCUACAAGUGUGUUGGGACAUGGUGAGUAUUCUCAACUGCAAGAGUGGAUGAAAAGAGAACACAUAUCUUCAACAAUCCGUGGACGAACUGUCCGCUCAUCUCAACAACCAUCCAACUCACUUGUUACACCUACCUCUGCUUCUUUGUAUUCGUCUAACCCAUUACCAAUAAAUGUUGGCAAUUCUUCUCUGCAGCCAUCCAAGCAAUCUGCCCAAUCUGUACCUGUGCAGCCAGGUCAAGUAAAAGAGCAACAACACCCACAGAAACGUUCGACUGAUAAGGCUCUAGAAUGUCCUCGAUGUCAGAAACCUUUUUUAGCAGCAGACUUCUCAAACUACAGAGAACACCUGGAGCAAUGUCUUACGUGAUUGAUAAAGAAAUUUCUAAUCUCUGUAUAAAAAGUUAUUUGCCAGUGAGCAAUGAAUUAGGAUUGCUAUAUUUGGUGGUGUUGCACGUUUGUUUGCUGGUUUCAAGGCUGCAAACAUAUGUAUUGCAGGUGCAUAUAUGUAGAUGUAUUACUAGCAUGGGCAUUGUACUAACUGAUGAUAAUUUUAAAAACA